AUGAGUCAACACAUCUUUCAAACCAAGAGCCUGAAACGUAAGAACCUCAAGAAAUUGACGCUCGAGGCCGGAGGCAGUGAGGAGCUGGAGGGCGCAGCAAGGGGUGACAUACUGCGCGCGACGGAGGACAGGCUUUCGGGGGCGCCGACGCUGCUCAAGGCCGGGGCCAGGCCCAUGCGGAGCCCAGAGCCGGUCUGGGGCCUGGGGAGCGUACCGGGUCCUGCAUCAGUACAGGGUGUCCUGGACAUGGCUAGUAGCCAGCGCGCUGCGGAACCGGCCACCCAGCGGCCGGGUCUGUUUCACAACGGAACGCCGGACAACCAGCUACGCGGGGGGAAGCCGUGCAUGACGCUGCGCAUGAAGCGCAUGCAGAAGCCCCUCAACUUGAACAUUGAACCAGAGGGCGUGAAGUCGAAAGUUGUCAUCGCGCAGCCCAGUCCAACAAACUCGGACUCAUCGACUAGCGUAAGCCCCAUUGUGCCCAGCAAGAUCACGAGCAAUAAACGCGACAACCGAUUGUCGACCAAGUUCUCCCGGCUAUCUAUAUUCCAGGAUGAUAACAACGACAUCCAGCUGGAAGAUCUCGUGCAGCUAGGCAAGAUUGGGGCCGGCAAUUCUGGGACUGUGGUUAAGACCCUCCACGUGCCAGACUCUCGAAUCAUCGCCAAGAAAUCCAUCCCUGUUGAAAACAGCGAGCUCGUCAAAAACCAAUUGAUGCGUGAGCUCACGAUCAUGAAGAAUGUGAAGGAGCAGAAGAACAUAGUUGGUUUCUAUGGUGCCUACUACACCGCGAUAAAAAACCACGAAAUCAUCAUCUUGAUGGAGUACAUGGACUGUGGCUCGUUGGACAAGAUCUCCAGUACCUACAGGCGGUACUGCAGCAGAAACAAGGUUCCUAUGAACGCUUCUACCUCGUGGUUCACCGAACUGUCACUCUCCAAGAUCUCUUACGCAGUUCUAAACGGGCUAUCAUAUUUAUAUCAGGACUACAAGAUCAUCCACCGUGAUAUCAAGCCAUCGAACAUCCUUAUAAACUCCAAAGGCUUUGUCAAAAUAUGCGACUUCGGUGUCUCAAAGAAAAUGAUCGAUUCCAUUGCUGACACCUUCGUGGGCACCUCCACAUAUAUGUCGCCAGAACGCAUACAGGGUAGUUGUUAUAAUACCAAGGGGGACGUCUGGUCCCUAGGAUUAAUGAUUAUAGAACUAGUGACAGGCGAGUUCCCACUUGGCGGCCACAACGAUACUCCCGAAGGCAUUUUAGAUCUACUGCAGAGGAUAGUCAACGAAGAGCCGCCCUCGCUUCCGGCAAGCGGCGACUUUUCGGCGGAUAUUAUGGACUUCGUUAACUGCUGUUGUGUGAAGGACGAGCGUAAGCGCUCUUCCCUGCAGGAGCUUAUGACUCACCGCUACAUAACCAAGUACAACGACAGCGACGAUUAUCAAAGGACAUUCAGACAUUGGUGUAAAAAGAUUAAAAAGCGCAUCAAAGCGGAUAAGAUGAUCCAGCGCGAGGAAAUGGAGCGCGCAAGGCUCGUCAACAGGCAGCUCGAGCGCUCCGCCCAGGCUGCCAUGGCCGCUAGGAGCGGCAGGUAG